AUGGUGCCCGCGCUGCUGCUGCUGCUGCCGCUGCUGCCGCCGGGCUCGGCGGGCGGGCGCUGCCCGCUGCGCUGCGCCUGCACGCACGGAGCGCUGCGCUGCCCGCCGCCAGCGCACGGCGCGCUGCCCGCGCCCGCCCGCGCAUCAUUUACUCAUCUCCCUGUAAAAGUAAUCCCAUCACAUGCAUUUGAAGGACUUCAAGAUGCCUCCAUCAUUGAAAUCUCUCAGAGCGACUCCCUGGAGAGAAUAGAAGCGAGUGCCUUUGACAGCCUUCCCUCCUUGUCUGAAAUAUUAAUCCUGAACACAAAAAAUCUGUUGCACAUUGAGGACGGAGCGUUCAGAAAUCUUCCAAGGCUAAAAUACUUGAGUAUUUGUAACACUGGAAUAAGACAAUUUCCAGACCUGACACAGAUCUUCUCAAUGGAAGCUCAUUUUAUUUUGGAGCUCUGUGAUAACUUGCGUAUGACAAUUAUACCACAAAAUGCUUUCCGAGGGAUGAACAAUGAAUCACUGACACUCAAGUUGUAUAAAAAUGGAUUUGAAGCUAUCCACAGCCAUGCCUUCAAUGGGACAAAGCUGAAUCAAUUAAUCCUGAAGGACAACAAGAACCUCAGGCGGAUACACAACGAUGCCCUGAGAGGGGCCACAGGGCCAGAUGUCCUGGAUAUUUCUUCAACAGCACUGGAGUCCCUGCCUAGUUAUGGGCUUGAGGCCAUUCAGGUCUUAAAUGCAACCUCAUCUUACUCAUUAAAGAGGCUGCCACCACUGGAUAAAUUCAGCAGUCUUUUGGAAGCUGUCCUAACAUAUCCCAGCCACUGCUGUGCUUUUCGAAAUCUAAGGACCGAAAGACAAAAUUUGUUGUUUUCCAUUUUUGACAACUUCUCCAAGGAGUGUGAAAGCAGCAUGAGGAAAACGACUAACGAAAUGCUCUACUCAACCAUUUUUGAUGACAGCGAAACAGCCGGCUUUGACUUUGAGUAUGACUUUUGUCAGCCUAAAGUCCUCACGUGCACUCCGGAACCAGAUGCCUUUAAUCCCUGUGAAGACAUCCUGGGAUACAGCUUCCUCAGAGUGCUGAUCUGGUUUAUAAACAUCCUCGCCAUUGCCGGCAAUUUCACCGUGCUCCUCGUUCUCCUGACCAGCCACUACAAGCUCACCGUCCCUCGCUUCCUCAUGUGCAACCUGUCCUUCGCCGACUUCUGCAUGGGGCUGUACCUGCUGCUCAUCGCCUCCGUGGACGCGCAGACCAGCGGUCAGUACUACAACCACGCCAUUGACUGGCAGACGGGCAGCGGCUGCAGCACGGCCGGCUUCUUCACGGUGUUCGCCAGCGAGCUCUCGGUGUACACGCUGACGGUGAUCACCGUGGAGCGCUGGCACACCAUCACCUACGCCAUGCAGCUGGACCGCAAGAUGCGGCUGCGGCACGCCGUGCCCAUCAUGCUCGGGGGCUGGCUCUUCUCCAUCGGGAUAGCCGUGCUGCCUCUCUUCGGGGUCAGCAGCUACAUGAAGGUCAGCAUCUGUUUGCCCAUGGAUAUCGAAACAGGCCUGUCCCAAGCCUACAUCCUGCUGAUCUUGGUGCUGAAUGUUGUCGCCUUCAUUGUCAUUUGUGCUUGCUACAUCAAGAUUUACAUCGCUGUGCAGAACCCGGAGCUGGUAGCUGCCAACAAAGACACCAAGGUCGCCAAGAGAAUGGCAAUACUGAUCUUCACGGAUUUCACCUGCAUGGCCCCCAUCUCCUUUUUUGCCAUAUCUGCUGCCUUCAAAGUUCCUCUCAUCACAGUGACCAACUCCAAGAUCCUGCUGGUUUUAUUUUACCCCGUCAACUCCUGCGCAAAUCCCUUUCUUUACGCAAUUUUCACCAAAGCAUUUCGGAGGGAUUUCUUUCUGCUGAUGAGCAAGCUUGGCUGCUGCAAGAGCCGAGCAGAGCUCUACAGGAUGAAUUAUUUCUCUGCUUAUAACUCCAACUGCAGGAAUGGCGGCGCAGCCACAGCCCCCGCCAAAGCCUCCCAAGCACUCCUGCUCUUGUCAGCCUUAGAGAAGCCCUAUCCUGCACCACGAGACAAGACAUCUCACAAGGAAAAUUUAUCCAGAGUGCCAAGUUACCCUUUGCAAGGCCAGUUAUGAUUAUCUUAGUGACUAGGGAUUGUUUUACAGUAUCUUGAACAUUUCAUAAUAAAUAAAAAUGCCAGUCAGUAAUUCUUAUGCAACAUAACUGUUCUG